AUGGCCGAUUUUCGGAAACUCGCACUUGAGUUUGUGCUCAGUGAUGAUAGUGAGAGACAAACCGCAAUCACACAGGAGGCAGCUUCAGAGAUUCAGUCAGCACCCAGACCCAGCAAUCCAGUUGCUAGAUGGGUAGAAUCUAUCAGACCCUGGAUGCCCAGCGCAAACGAAGAUCAGGAUGACGGCGAUGGCGAUGUCAUUGCACGGUCCAAAGCUUUGAGUUUCCUAGCAGGGACUCUUGAGCAUCUGGAUCCCGCAUUUCUCAAAGCUGAUCAAACCAAUCUCUUGGUGGCUUUCUUUGGAAGCAUGUUCAAGGUCGACCACAAGGCUGGUAUUAUGCCUGCUGCCAAGGCUCUUGAUCGAACUGCUAGCAUGAAGACAUUCCAGCCACAAAAAGGAAACGACAUUAUUCAGAGUGUGUGCAGCCUUGGUGAUGAUUUCAAGUCCCAGGUCGCAGAAACCCGUGGCACAGUGUAUGAACUUCUGGACCAUCUCAUCACCAACCCGGAUGUAGCAAACGACUUGCAGUACCAACACGGCACAACCUCAGGCUUCAUCACAGACCUUUUGCAACUAUGUCGCAACGAGCGAGACCCCAAGUGCCUGAUGACUUGGUUCAAGAUUCUGAAGGUCUUUCUUUCAGACUACUCCCCUGCACAAGAGGUUGUGGAUGAGAUUUUCAGUAUCUUUUCAGCAUACUUCCCCAUAUCGUUGAGAACGUCACAGCAUCCUUCGGGAAUCACAGCGGAUGAUCUCAAGUUAGCUUUGAGGGCUUGCUUUUCAGCACAUCAUCGCGUUGCUAGCAAGGCCAUUCCAUACCUCCUCGGCAGGCUAGACCAGCCGGACAGUGUUAGUGUCAAUGUCAAGGUUGAUAUCCUCAAGACCAUGACCGCAUGCCUCAGCAGCUACGAGCAUGUUCAACAAGGAGUCACCCCCUUUACUGACAAGAUUUGGGACAGUCUCAAGUAUGAAGUCCGCAACGGGGAGAUCGAAGACACUAUCAACGCAACCUUGGAAGUCAUCCGAACAGUCGCCAAAAGACUGACUGGGGACGAGCUCAGGGAUUUUGCUCUGACUGUUCAAAGAGACUGCUUGGAGGAUCUGUCAAACCCAAUCUACACGGCGGCCUCAGGAAAGCUCUUGAUCUCCAUUCACAGCGCAAAGCCAGCUGCCUUUGCACUCAUGAUCUCCCCGUCCGUGACGCAUAUCAAGGAGAAUCUCCGCCACACAAAGUCACCUGACCAUACGAAGAACCUCCUAAUUCUUCUGAAUUCUCUACUGGAGCUACGGUUAGCCCUAACUGGAGGAGACGUGGAGCUGAGUGCCGAGGACGCCGAGGCCUUCAAAUCCACAGAGCCACUACUUGCCCCUAUCUACAAGCAGACGUACCUGCCUCUUUUCCAAAAGGCUCUACAGGAUACAGCCCAGCCAGAAGAUAUCACCAUCGGCCAACAGGCAACGAAAGGCCUGGGAUUGAUGGUCUGUCAGAGAGCAGCUCAAAGCGGACAAUCCAACCGCCCAAUGCUCCCAGAAGAAACACUUACCGAAAUUUGCGACAACCUAGCAACUCUUGCGCUCCAAGCUCCCGGCGAACUUGCGAAAGACAAGAACCAAUUGAAGAUAUCCGACGAGGCCGCCAUUGCUCUACAGAAGGCCACGAUGGCACAUCCUCCGGCUCAAGCAAAGCUGAUCGCGAUAUGCUUCCAAGUCUGUGACGCUUACAGCACUUCGCCUUCGGCCAAAACGUUGGACAGCGUGCACGACGUUCUCAAGUAUAACCUUGCCAGACUGACUUACGUCUUUUGCUCCCAAUGUCCUCGCUCUGAGAAGCUCAAACUCUACACAUCCUUCUUGGAAGCGCUGCUGGUUAACCUCCACAAGAUGAUGGAUGUCAAAGCUGACCCGAAGAUUUGGUCGGUCAUUGCUACCUACAUAUUUUCAGCCAUGCUGCAAUUCAAAGAAGCAGCCAAAGAACACAUUAGCCAUCCCGUCAAAAACAACUUUAGCGACAAGAGAUUUGAUAACAACUGGGUUACCUACGUGGCGAACCGCUUCGCUAAUCUGCGACGUCGCCCUGACGAUCGGAUCGACGCGAUGGAGCUGACAGACGAGAGCAACGAAGUUGACAAUCUCCAAGGCGACCUCGCCCUGAUUAAUCUUUACGUCGCUCGACAGCUUUAUAGACGAGCCACCAAGAUCAUCAGUUAUGCCAACAAUUCUGAGCUUUCACUUGCUUUGAGCGAUGACUUUAGCAGGAAGGACCCUGAGGACAAGAACGAAGAGGAUGCCUACUUGCACCAUCUCUCGAGCAUUGCGACAUUCACCAUCCAGCAUAUGAGCGAAUACCAACAGACCAACUUGCUUUUGAACGAAGAAGUCGUGACACUCUUCCGUGGAAGCGACCGGUACACCCACCCCAAUCCUGAUGAGAACCACAGCUGGAACAACAGCGAGCUGCGAAUGGCCAUGCUGCGGACCAUGGGUCUUCCACAACCCCCUUACACCCUAAGAAAUCCUCCCCAGUUCCCGAUCAGUGGUUUCAGCCAUGGCCGCACUGUUGUGCUUUCCUUGGGCAUCAUUCAAGCUUUCCACCCGACGACAGUUGAGCGAUUGGUUGAAAGAGGAACCGCGCAUCAAAUCUUGGUUGCUGGCCUUCUCACCAGAGACCACUCAGACUCGCCAAAGUGCCGCCAUGUCGUUUCGGCCAUCCUGUCCGUCAUCGCCAACAAAUACAAGGUCGAGAACUUGAACGACAUUGUCCAGAUGAUGGAGACUCAGAUGAAUUUCGUUGUCAGCGAAGAAAGACUCUCGGACAAGCUGGAACGAAUCACCGGCUACCUCGAUCACGAAGAGAAUGUGGUGGCUGGUCACAGCGUCAACGACCUCAGAGCAGCGCUGGCAAGGCCUGUAUUCGCCAUUGUCGCCGGCGUUCUCCGACGCUACACUGGUAACGCUCUCAAGAACGUUCUCACGGCUAUCACUCAAGGUCCCGGCAACAAGAAGAUUGGUCACAUGCUUGCUCGCAGCAUGGAUUUCAUCUUCACCGACCUGAACGUCGCUAAGCCACAGCUGUACGGUCAGCUUAAGAAGCUCUGGGUACAGAGGGCCUACUAUGAGUUGGUCAGGCCCAUGCUUCCCAAGGCUUGGCCUGCCGGCUCGAACAGCAAGGAUGACAUGCUCGUUGCCGCCAAUUACAGUAUUGCAGUCCUGAGAGCAGUCAAGCACAUCAGGUACGCGCACUACGAAGACGAUACGGAGGACCUCAUCCGAAUCAUCCUUUGCGCAAUUCGCAACCUGCCGGCUAGCGCAGAUGUGGCAGCAGGUCUUCAUAUUCUGGUGGUCAUUACGGAGAACUCGCCCAGACGCAUGCAGCCCUUCCUUAAGAGCGUCAUUGAUGCUUCCUUGUCGAUCUUCAGAAGAGGCAGAACACAUCAAGCCGGUGAAGACAACGCCUGGAUGCCGGAGAACUACAUGCCCUUUGACCGUUCCGGAUUCCAGGAGGCGCAAUGCCGGGCUCUGGUCGUUCGUCUCAUUGGCCAACUGCCGCCCAACUUUGAGCAUCGCCAUCUCCUUGACUCGGCGUCGCAGGCCAAGCGCUUGCUGGCUCAGGCUUCUGGUGACGAGUCGCGAAUGGUCAGAGAGGCUGCUCUCAAGUCUCGUAAGGCUUGGGAUGACGUCAACUAA